AAAAUACCUACUAUAUGCUCAUGUAUAUUUAUUGUAUACCUUAAAAUGCGUGUUUGUUUGACAGCAGGUCAGAAGGAGCGAGUCAAACUGCGUUAUUUAUGUGACAGAUAACGUUACUGGAGUUAAACACACCGAGCUCCGAUAGAUAGCCGGGGAAUAAAUUUCCGCUUGAACGCGACCAGUGUUACUCUCAACUGAGUUUAUUAGCAUAAAAGCAUUUAAAAGUCUAGUUUUGCUUGUAUUUUUGAGAUUUAUCUCGUUUGAUAUCCGGUUAACUGACCGUGUAUGCUUGCUAGUAGUCGUUAAAGCUAAUACAGAUAAAGUCCAUCAUGACAAAGCAUUCCAAUAAUAUAAACGCUGUCAAAGAUAUUACAUUAAUAUAAUCGUAGUUUACUCAUUAAUAACAAUAAUAUCCCAAUAUAAGGUUGAUUUGUUGUUAUAAUGCAAAACUGAACUGAAAGUGCAACACAACAAUUCACGUCAUGAAGAAUUCUCGUCUAUGCUCCAGCUGCGGCCAGUGGAGGAGGAUGAAGCAGCCGCUGAGAGUCUGGUGCUGAACCGAGCUGUGGCUAAAAAUGACCAUUUCCUGCUGGCCGAGCUACUGUCACAAGAAUGCUACAGGAAGUGCAUUAAUCAGCAGAGCGGUUGGGGGAUCCCAGGUACACCGUUACGCAUGGCUGCUUCCAAAGGUCACCUGAGGUGUCUGCAAUUGCUCCUGGCCCAUGGGGCAGAUGUAGACCGCCUUGAUGUUAAAGCCCAGACCCCUCUUUUCACCGCUGUGUGCGGGCGUUACUUGAGCUGCGUGAUUGCGCUUCUCCGUGCCGGAGCUAAUCCGAAUGGAAGCCACCUGAACAACAGCUCGCCCGUGCUCACCGCUGCCCGAGAGGGCGACCCCGAGAUCCUCCGCCAGCUGCUACAGCACGGGGUGGAGGUCAACGCCAGGCCAAAGGUGACGCUGUGGGCCUCAGGGGUUGCUGUGUGCAGCGGGCCGCUUUACCUGUCAGCCAUAUAUGGACACCUGGAUUGCUUCAAAAUGUUGCUGUUAUAUGGGGCAGAUCCGAACUAUAACAGCCCGGAAGAGAAGGUGAACGGUAGAGCCACGCAGCAGAAGACGGUCCUGGAAUUGUGUUUGAGACACGGCUGUGGAGUCGAAUACAUUCAACUGCUCAUUGACUUUGGGGCAAACGUCUACCUGCCGACCCUCAUUAUAGAGAAGAGCACCAAACAGAACGAAGCUGUUGAGCUGUUGCUGAAAGAGCGAGGGUGCCCGAAGACUCUGGCAUCUCAGUGUAGAUUGGCCAUUCGUAAACAUCUGAUACAGGUGAACAAGAUUCAGUCUUUGGACUCUCUGGAGAUUCCACCCAGGCUCAUCAACUAUCUCAAACACAAGCCACACAAGAGUGCACUGGUUUACUGACAAAACAGAUUACACUCCACUGUGCCUUUACUAAAGGACAGACUCAUUCACUCACACAUAGACUGGACAGGUAGACCAUACAGACAUCUAGAGGGAAGGAAACAGACAGAAGAUUUGGACUAAUGACGUGGACUCACUCGUAUGCAAACUCACAGAUGGACCGAUACACUGCUAACAACCCUGGUUUACAUAUAUGAAGUGUGUUAAACUUGAACAUCCACAUAAAUGAAUUAGCUGUAAUCUUUUUCAGAUUCGACUGUGUAAUAUUACCAGAAGUGUUGCUGUAAAUGCUCUAGAACUAUGCAUUGUCAUACAGCAAUGUUGUGUAUCCUCCAUUGUGCAGAUAACAUGUAAUGGAUAUCAUUUUGUUCCUGUGAGGUUAAAGACUUCAUCAGCUCCAGAGCAAGUCCUCAGAAGGAUUUAUAGCAGAGGUAUUGAAGUAUCUUGCCUGAGGAUUACAAAGUAUAUCAGUCUAUGCUAAAUUGGAUAUACAGUAUAUAUGCAGGUGUAUUCUGAAAACACAAUUCUGCUAUGAAUAACAUCUGGCUUGUUAGUUAGUUCAUAAAAUUGAACAGCUGAACAUCAUAAUGUUUAUCCGUGUUGUCUACUCUGUAUUUAAAUUUAUGGGGUAUAGUUUGAGGUGCCAGUUUCCAUAUAGAGAUUUAUUUCCACUUCAUAAAAAAGGAUUAUUGCACUGAUGUGGAAAACUCCAAGUAACAUUUAGCUGAAAAGAGCGGAGAUUCACACAGGACCUUAUCAAAUACAGACUAGACCAGUGUCAUUUUAGCAUUAUUUAUAUGCUGUUAUAGUA